AUGUUGCCAUUCGUGAUCAUCUCUUUGACGGCUGCCUGUGCACCUCCUGGUUUUGUUCAAAGCAAUGAUCCAGAAUGCUGGAUUGUGUUCUUCCUUAGAGCGCCUAUUCGAAGUCCUCUUUUUCAGCUCUCCUAUUUUUCAGGAAUGGUCGGCACCCGAUGUUCGGAUCUCAUUCUCUACCCGGUUUCAGCAGUGGAUCAGAGCGACCAAUACAGAUUCGAUUAUAGUGAUGUAAGCUUUGGCAACACACAUGCCCAAGGUGCUACAGUGGCGAUAACGUGUACAACUGGUGGACAACCUGCUACUGUCGAAGGUUACGACCAGGUACUCUGCUCAUUAUUUCAAGACUUUUCUCCCGUAAAAGCACCAUCCGUUCACAAGCACUUCUAA